GAACUGGCUGAAUGAUUAAGUAUCGUUCGUUUCUGUGAUUUACAGAACGCGGUCAUGGGAGCACCAGAUAGGAAACGAGAAAGGGGGAAGAAGGGGGAAGAAUUCGUCACCACGUUCACAAAACAAUCCAGUCAAACGUGAGAUUUGCAGCCUAUCAAUGCCAUAACCAAGAAAAAUUUCCUCACACGAUUAAUUCGCUCAUUUCACCAAAGCUCGCAAAAUUGAUUGCCACCCAAUCGAUUACCCCUACGCCCGUCCUUACGUUUGUUGUUGGGCAUUAUGAACUCGUCGCGCUGUCUUCCUGAAAAUAUUCCGGUUACGAUUGCUCCAACGAUGGGACACUCAAUGUAUUCUAGCAACGAUUGGGAGUCUUGUGUGGAGAAGUGCGAGACCUUGCAGCAGCAGAUGCCGCGUGACGUUGGUCCUCAAAAGGCAAUUUCCCAGCCUGGCUCUAAACGAGACAAUAUGAUCAUGCUCAUGAGAGUCUUUGGACCAGAAGGUCUAGAGCCAUGGAAUGUCCGUAAUAUCGACCAUAUACCUGACAGCAAGUUGCUUGUUAUCUUCCAUCGCUGGAACCCCAAUUUUUUUCAAUGGUUCCAUCUUCGAAGGGGCAUGUGGGUGCCAAGAUUGGGCUUUCGGCAAGAAUAUGAUCGACGAAGUGCCGUUCGCGAAGCAAUGCGAGAUGCUAUCCAACGCUUCUCUUGCGAGCAAGAAUGCAAAUCCGAAUCAGCGACGUAACAAGGAUGGAUGCCAACUUGUGGUACCCACCAGGACCCCCUCUAGGUGAUUAGAAUGUCGCUAAGUGGGUGGUCGGACCGACUUUCCUUCAGUUGUAGUUUUUAAAUUCAUGAAUACGAAGUGGUAGUUGAAAUGUUUUAUGUU